AACAAAAAACCUCUCGCCUCUCUUUUCCAACUACUAUAAAAUACUCGGCCCUUCCUUUCCAACACAUCCCACCACAAGCAGACAUUCUUCCCCAAACCAAAAUGCAGAAACGCUUCCUUCUCUUCUUCCUCUUCUCUCUCCUCCUCACUGUUGCCGUCAGUGAUAACGGCGAAACAGACGGACCGUCAAAUGCUAACCCUCUCUCCCCCAAAGCCUUCCUAAUCCGUUACUGGAACCGUCAAAUCCCCAACAACCGUCCAAAGCCCCAAUUCCUCCUCUCCAAAGCCUCCCCUCUCUCCCCCACCAACUCGGCGAUCCUCCAAAAACUCGCCGACCAAAACACCCUCUCCUCGUCCCUCUCCACCUUCUGCUCCUCGGCUCGCCUCUUCUGCUUCCCCGAUUCUAACCCUUCCCUCGCCAAACACAACGCCGAUUCCGACUUCUCCGUCUACACCAACUCCAACUUCAGUAACUACGGCACGUCGAAAAUCGGCGGGUCGGACUCGUUCAAGAACUACUCCGACUCGAUCAACAUCCCCUCCGACACGUUCAAGCGCUACAGCCGCGAUGCAGUCGGCCGGAAGGAGAAAUUCGCCAAUUACGCCCCUGACGGCAAUGUCGUCGACGGGACCUUCUCUUCCUACGCCGCAGGCACUACCGGCGGCUCCGGCGAAUUCAAGAACUACGACCACGGCGUCAAUGUCCCCAAUCUGAAAUUCUCGUCCUACGACGCAGAUUCGAACGGGCACGCCCUGUCAUUCUCCAGCUACUCCGAUGACACGAACUCAGGCGGCCAAGGCUUCAACAGCUACGGGCGGAAUGGGAAUGGGAUUCCGCUCGAAUUCGCCAGCUACGCCAAGGACUCGAACGUUAUCGGGUCGAGCUUCGGCGCCUACUCCGAGCAGGGGAACGGCGCCAAUGAUACAUUCACGUCAUACGGGUCCAACGGCAAUGUCCCGGAGAACAAUUUCAAGAGCUACGGCGAUGGCGGGAAUGGUGGGAUUGAUAAUUUCCUCAGCUACCGGGACACCGCCAAUGUGGGUGACGAUACAUUCCAGUCGUAUGCGAAGAAUUCGAAUUCUGCGAAGGUGAAUUUUGGGAAUUACGGCAAAACGUUCAACGAGGGGUCGGAUACAUUCACGGGGUAUGGGCAGGGGACGACGACGGGCCAGAAGAUCGGAUUCAAUACAUACGGCGUGAACACCACAUUCAAGGACUAUGCGAAGAAAGGAAUCACGUUUGGGAAAUACACCAAUCGGUCGAACGUCCUCGAUGGUGAGAAAACCCAGCAAGGCAUUUCGACGAACAGGUGGGUGGAGCCCGGGAAAUUCUUCCGGGAGUCGAUGCUGAAACAGGGAAGUGUAAUGCCGAUGCCGGAUAUCAAAGACAAGAUGCCGCCGAGAGCGUUCCUGCCGCGAUCGAUCGCCGGCAAGCUCCCAUUUUCAUUGAACCGGGUCGGCGAAUUGAAGGAGAUAUUCGGUGGGGAGAAUUCAAGCAUGGCGACGAUCAUGGAGAAUACGUUGAAGGAAUGCGAGCGGACCCCGUCGAAGGAUGAGACGAAGAGAUGCGUGGCGUCGAUCGAAGACAUGAUCGAUUUCGCAGUGUCGGUGCUGGGGCAUGAUCUGACCGUUAGGAGUACAGAGAAUGUGGCUGGAUCGAAUGGGGAGAUUGCGAUCGGGAAUGUGGUGGGAAUGAACGGUGGGCGGCCAACCGAGUCGGUAUCAUGCCACCAGAGCUUGUUUCCAUACAUGGUGUAUUUCUGCCACUCGGUUCCUAAGGUGAGGGUUUAUGAGGCUGAGAUUUUGGAUGUGAAGAGUAAGGAGAGGAUUAACAGAGGGGUAGCUAUCUGUCAUUUGGACACUUCAGCUUGGAGUGAGGGACAUGGUGCAUUUGUGGCCCUUAAAGGUAAGCCUGGGGAGAUUGAGGUAUGCCAUUGGAUUUUUGAGAAUGAUAUGACUUGGGUCAGGGCCCAUUGAGGUGGGGUCUGGCUUAGAUCGAGAUCG